GUGAGUUCACCGUUUUUACGUUAAGAUGUUCGAUCGGGUAAUCUUUUACGGGCUAGUCGGCUUCGGAUCUUUAUGUUUUAUGAUUUGGUUGGGAGUGGAAGGAUCCCAGAAGAACGCAGGUGAAGUCGAGAGAGCCGAUGACUUAAUUUCUACGUUAAGUGAAAUACAGCAGGCCAUCGAUCUACAACGAAUCAUCAUUCACGAUGAGAUGAUAAAUUACCAAUAUCCUAACGGAAGAUAUAAUAUAAGUGCAAACAAACUCGAAGACCUGGUGAUUGAGGAAAAUGGAAACCCGAUCAGGAGUGUCGUUGUAUCAACCUGGCGUAGUGGGAGUACAUUCUUUGGCGACAUCUUCACGGCACGUCCGGGGCUCUUUUACCACUUCGAGCCACUUUAUGAUUUUGGCAUUAAAAAAAUUAGAGGCCCUCCGCUUGCCAGUCAAGCUUUGGAAAAUCUCAAGGCACUACUUAGUUGCGAAUAUGCGAGUUUAGAUCACUAUUUAGAACAUGUGAAAAAUGAAUCUUGGAUCUUUCGGUCUAAUCCACCUCUUUGGACUCAAUGCCAGGCUCAUCCAAGCAUCUGCUACGAUCACAGAUUCCUGAGCAAAAUGUGUAAACUUUUCCCAUUCCAGUUCAUGAAAAUUCUCCGCCCGACGUUGCAAAUUGCACAAGAGCUUCUUGCCGAUAAAAAGUUGGGUGUGAGAUUGGUUUUUCUGGCAAGGGAUCCCCGGGGAGUGUUUCAGUCAAGAAAACAUCGUUCGUUUUGUCAAAAAAGUUUGGAUUGUUUAGAUCCAAAUUUACUUUGUGCAGACAUGGUAUCGGAUUACAACACUGCUGUAGAAUUGCAAAAGAAAUAUCCCUCCACAUUCCGGGUGUUACGAUACGAAGAUCUAUCUCUAGAGCCAUAUAAACGAGUGGAAGAACUUUUCGAAUUUUAUGGCCUCGAUUUUCAUCCAAACGUUACGAAGUAUCUAGAUACUCACACGAAAAAUGACGUCGGUAAUGCGUACACUACGUACAGGGAUUCAAAGACUGCUCCUUUCCACUGGAGGACGGAAUUAGAAUUUAAAGAAGUCGAAGAGAUACAACGAAAUUGCUUCGUGCCGAUGAAAUACUGGGGCUACGUUCCAGCGGUCAACGCUUCUCAUCAAAGAGAAUUCAAUCCUAUAACAAAUAUGCCUCACUUGUAAAAUGUUGUAGCGGAGACUGUAACGAUAUCAGAAUGUUAUUGCAAGUCGAAUCUACAGAUCGAAUGAGACUUAUAUUACAAAUUAAGGGGGGGUUUAGUCGAUUUCGACGCUAACGUAUAUAUCUCGAAUUUGCCAAGUUCAAGUACCUCAAAUGUAAAAAAGGAUAUAACAGCUCCAUUCUUACAUGCAAUUUUGAAUAAAAGCACUCCAACACAUUUUCAUUGAACGCAAAA